UUCCCCUGCUAAGAUGGCUGCUUCUGUGGCAGUCAGCCAAACCCAACAGCAGCGGAAUGCUGGGGGUAAGCAGAGGAUGCUUUCCCAUCUGGAGAGCAAUAAGGAGAACCUGCCAUUUGAGAUGCAGUCCACUAAAAAGGAAAAUCAUAUGGAAAGAAUGGAUGUCAGUCCCUUAAACAGAGGAGAGGUCAAGGGCAAACAUAUGUCACAGAGUGACAAAGUCAAGGAGAAAGUAGCAUUGAGGGACAGAAUCAAUGCCCAGCAGUACGGCAAAGGAGGAACCCAGAAGGUCAAGGCCACAUCCGAUUCAUUAUGGGCCAAAAAAGGAGGAUUAUUGAAGAAGGGAAAGUCGCUUCAGAAGGCUGUGUUCAGUGUCAACAAUCCGGAACCCCUAGCUGUGAUGGAUGAUGACUUCCUACCCAUGGAUGUUGAUUUUGUUGACCCUUUAGAAAAGAUCCGCGAAGUUCAGGUCAAGAUCCCAAAGGAAAUCCAGGAAAUCCAGAGCAAACUGGAGGGUCCAUUCAACAAUCCAGACUAUGCUGAGGAUAUAUACGAGUAUCUUCAGUUUCUGGAGAGAAGAUUUACCUAUCCUGAUAACUUCCUAAACAACAGUGGAGAAGUCACCCCUCAGAUGAGGAGCAUCCUGACAGACUGGUUCAUACAAGUCCAGGUUCACCAGGAGCUAUCCCAGCAGACCUUGCACCUGACUGUAGAGUUAGUGGACCGAUUCCUGACUUAUCGCAGAAUUCCUCUGAACACAUUCCAGCUUGUUGGCAUUACAUGUCUUCUGAUUGCAGCCAAGUACAAUGAAAGGUUUGCCCCAGAGGUGCAGACCCUAUGUUACCUGACUGACAACACGUAUGACAAGGAACAGGUACUGAGGAUGGAGAGACAGAUCCUCAAAACUAUCGACUUUGACCUCAAUAUUGUGGAUGUCACGGUUUUCAUGGAUAAAAUCCUUCUGAUUGAGAGUGACCUGCCAAAAGAGAUGAGACAGAUGACCAAGUAUGUCCUUGACCUGACCUUAGUCUCUGAUGAGUUUGUUUACAGUGUCCCCUCCAUGAUGGCAUCAGCAGCUAUCUGUGUGGCCAGGAAGAUCCUGAUCCCGGAUCAACCCAGUUGGACCCUGGGUCUGUCCUAUUUCUCCAGGUACGCUGAGAAGGACCUUGUCCCCUGUAUGAAGAAGAUGUUGAGUCUAUUGAUAAAGGCUCCAGACUGCAAAUUUCAGGGAGCCCAAGUGAAGUACUCAAGUGAAUCAUGCUGUAGGAUCAGCCAACACCCAAAUCUAAAGACCCACCUAGAAGAUAUACUUCAGGAACUGACUGAGAAGGAGGAAAGUUAGAUCGGGUCAUAGUAUUAUCUAGUGGGUCAGGAGUCAUGCCUUACAAUGUCUAGUGGGUCAGGUGUCAGGUCUAACAAUGUAUAGUGGAUCAAGGAUCAUGUGUGACAAUUUCUUGUGGGUCAGGAGUCAGGUCAAACAAUGUGUAGUAGGUCAAUGGUCAGGUCUAUCAAUGUUUAAUAGGUCAAGGGUCAGGUGUCACAAUGUGUAACAGGUCAAGGGUCAGGUGUUAAAAUUUCUAGUUGGUCAGAGGUCAAGUCAAACAAUGCAUAGUGGGUAAGGAUCGUGUAUUACAAUUUCUAAUGGAUCAGGAGUAAGGUCCAACAAUGUGUAGUAGGUCAAGGAUCAUGUGUUGCAAUUUCUAGUGGGUCAGGGGUCAGGUCUAACAAUAUCUAAUGGGUCAGGUGUUACAAUUUUUAGUGGGUCAGGGGUCAUGUCUAUAGUGGGUCAAGGGUCAGGUGUUGAAUUUCUAAUGGAUCAGUGGUCUGGUCUAUCAAUCUCUAGUGUUUCAAGAUGUUACAAUUUCUAGGGGGUCAGGGGUCAGGUUUGACAUUGUCUAAUGGGUCAAGAGUCAGGUCAAACAAUGUGUAGUAGGUCAAGUGUAACAACUUCUAGUGGGUCAAGGUCAAAGGACAAUAUCUAGUGGGUCAGGGCUGGCAACCUCCCUAGCAAAAAUACCUGAAGCAGUAGGAGAGACAACAAGCAACUUAUUUAGAGGUUAAGUAAUGCAUAAUAAUUUUUCAGCUCUGAAAAGAAAAAAAACAGCAAAGAGAAUGAAAUACUUACAAAAUAUAUUUCAGGUUUAAAGUUGAAGUCAUAACCAUGUCCAGUGAAUAAAUUUGUAGAGUUUAAUAUAUCUAAAGAAUCUUUAAUUGUUCUGAUAAUGAAUAUCAUGUUAUUCUGUAAAGGUUAAAAACUUAUGAAUUUGUUGUUGCAUGGAUGCAGUGUAAGAAGUUUUGUUGCAAAGAUCUCAAAUGCUUUGUGAUGUGAAUGUAAAUUGAUGUAUUUUUAUACAAAUGAUUGAAUGCAUUAUACAUAUUGUGAGCCCUUUUGCUCUGAUCACUGUUUUGAUGUGUUUAUAUGCACUUACUUUUUUCUACAUUUGUUUACCAUGGGUUUUAGGGGAGGGGAUUUUUUUUUUGUAAACUUUUUUUCAUUUGUAUUGAAUUUUUUGAUAUACAAUAUACAUAUGU